AUGCAAGUGAAGGUGAAUCUUUUAGAUCCUUUUACUCAACCGUUAACUGUUUUUUUGUUUGUUUCAACGUACAAUAUCGCUGGCGAUAAUAGAUUAUUUAUUUAUAACCAAACUAAAGUUUACAGAAGUCGAGUUGUUUCAGAAAUGGCGUCAGAUUCAGCUGUUAAACUAUUAAACCAAGCAUCAGGCUAUGGAGUUCUAGUUGGUGUUGGUGGUGGAUUUGCUCUUGGCAUGAUUUUCGUUACUUUCUUGUUGAGAAAAUACUUGAAAGAAGACAACACUAGUACUGAAACUUUUUCCGUGGCCAACCGAUCAGUGGGCACUUUGCUUAGUGCGUCAGCCGUUUAUUCAAGUUGGAGUUGGGCUACUGAGUUGCUUUGGUGCACCACCAUGGUCUACAAUUAUGGUAUUCAAAGUUCAUUCUACUAUAUGGCUGGUCUUGCUGUUCAGAUUGCCGUUAUGGCCAUGGUUGGUAUUCAUGCCAAGAAGAAGAUCCCCAAAGCCCACACCUCGUUGGAAAUUAUCGAAUUGAGGUAUGGUAAAACGGCCCAUAUUCUUUACAUGUUUCUUUGUCUUACCAACAACUUGUUGUCUUGUUCGAGUAUGAUUUUGGGGGCUGCCGGUGCCAUCUCAAUUAUUGCUGGUAACUUACACAUUGUUGCUGCCACUAUAUUGACAAUCUUUUCGGUCUUGUGUUAUUCGAUAUAUGGUGGAUUGAAAGCUACUUUCUUGACUGACUUUGUCCAUACGUUGAUCUUGUUGAUUGUGUUGUGUUACUUGAAUACGGCUGUUUUGAACAAUAUUGGUGGCUUGGAUUCCUUGUACGACAAAUUGGCAGCUAUGGGUGGCACGAGGGAAAUCCCAGGUAACUUUGAAAAUAGUUUUAUUACCGGAAAGUCUCAAGGAGCUAUUCUCUUUGGGUUGAUUUUAACAGCUGGUAAUUUUGGUUUAUCAGUAAUGGACAGUUCCUUCUGGCAAAAGACAUUUUCAGCAUCGCCAAGAGCCACUGUUCCUGCUUAUUUAACUGCCGCUUCGUUGAUUGCAUCCAACGUUUGGGCUUUAGGAUCAAUUAUUGGAGGGGCAGCAAUUGUGUUGGAAAGCUCGCCUAAAUUCCCCACCUAUCCUCGUAAAAUGACCCAAUAUGAAGUUGAUUCUGGGUUUGCUUUACCUUAUGCCUUGAUGGCUACUUUGGGCAAAGGUGCUGUUGGUGGACUACUAUUGAUUGUUUAUCUUGCCGUUACUUCAACAGUGUCGGCCCAAAUGGUUUCGGUGUCGUCAAUUCUCACCUUUGACAUCUACAAGAAAUACAUCAACACCAAUGCUCAUAACAAGUCUUUGAUCUUUGUGUCGCAUGUUGGGUGUAUCAUCUUCACUUUGGGAGCUGCUGGAUUUUCAAUUAUGUUGCAUUAUGUUGGUGUUAAUAUGUCUUGGUUUGGAUACUUUUAUCCAUUGAUUAUUUGUCCUGGUGUCAUACCUUUGAUCUUAUCAAUUACUUGGGAUCGCCAGAACUGGUAUGCUGCUUUUAUUUCGCCAAUUUUGGGGAUUGUGUUUGGUUUCAUUGUGUGGACCACAACAGCGUAUAAAUUGUUGGGUGCUGUCAACAUUACCACUUUGGGUGGACAAUUGCCUGCAUUGUAUGGGGCUUUAACGGCUUUGUUCUUACCGGGAAUUUCAAGUAUUGUUAUUUCCUUGGUUUUUCCUCAGAAAUUUGACUGGCAAGUGUUGCAACAUGCCCAUCUUUUGGUUGAUGAAGAUGUAUCAAGUGAGAAUUCAAUUGGUGAUGUUGAUGUUGAGGAGAAGGAUGGAUCAGAGACACCUGACAGACACCAGGGCAAUGCAGUUGAAAGACUUGAUGGUGGUAAAGAAGAAGUCGAUGUCAACGUUGAAUCAGAUCAAUCAUCAUCUUCAAAUAAGUUGGAGUCGCAGGCUCCACAACUAGAUCUUGAUCAAUUGACACCAAAACAGUUGGAUUUCUGGAUAAACAUUGCAACAGGGGCUGCGCUUUUCAUAUUGUUGAUUACGUGGGUGUUGUGGCCUUUGCCUUUGUAUCGUGAUUGGAUUUUCAGCAGGGCAUACUUCAAGGGUUACGUAACCGUUGGUUUGAUUUGGUUGUAUGCCACUUUGCUUAUUAUUGGAAUCGGUCCCUUGAUUUCAGGCAGACACACAAUCGCCUUCAUAUUCAAGAGUGUUUAUCGUGAUUAUAUAAAGAGAGGAUGA